GAUGUUGUUGGUGGUUUUAGCCCAGGUUUGGUCUAUUAUUGUUGGUGGUUUUAGCCCAGGUUUGGUCUGUUUAAGACCAGAACCAUGUUUGCAGUCGGGGGUUGAGGGUUAAUGUCUUAACGAGGUCAACCGUCUGAGUUCAGACCACAGUGCAGUUCAUUAAAGGACAGUUCCACCAGUUUUCUCUGUGCUGCUACGAGCUGCUGGUCAGACUGUCUCAGUAAACACUUUUCCUUCCCACAUGCUGCUGCUGGAUGAACAGAGCGGCGGACGAACCCUUCCUGUUUCGGUUUCAACACAGACCAGUUCCUCUUUGGCCUGCAGCAUCGAACUCUUUGUCCGGGUGAGGGGAGUCAGACGAUGGGACGUCACGUGUUUCUGAACAAACUGUGUUAACUGAAGAAACUGAAGUGUGUCUGACAGCCGGAGCAAGACGAGUGAACCAAUCAGAGUCACCGAAGGUCGCUGAAGGGUCAGAGGUCAGAGGUCAUCAUGCAGAGUAUAAAGUGUGUGGUUGUGGGUGACGGUGCUGUGGGGAAGACCUGCCUCCUCAUCUCCUACACCACCGGAGCGUUUCCCAAAGAGUACAUCCCCACAGUGUUCGACAACUACAGCAGCCAGGUGACGGUGGACGGCAGGACCAUCAGUCUGAACCUGUGGGACACGGCGGGUCAGGAGGAGUACGACCGGCUGAGGACGCUGUCGUACCCGCAGACCAACGUCUUCAUCAUCUGCUUCUCCAUCUCGAGCCCCGCCUCCUACGAGAACGUCAAACACAAGUGGCACCCAGAGGUGUUGCACCAUUGUCCCGGCGUUCCCAUCCUCCUGGUCGGCACGAAGAGUGACCUCCGGAACGACCCGGAGAUCCAGAGGAAGCUGAAGGAGCAGAACCAGACGCCUGUCACCCGGCAGCAGGGCGACAGCCUCGCCCGCCAGAUCCACGCCGCCCGCUACCUGGAGUGUUCUGCCCUCAACCAGGAGGGCAUCAAGGACGUGUUCGCAGACGCCGUGAGGUCCUACCUCAACCCGACGCCCACCGUCACCAAGAAACCGUGCGUCCUGCUGUAGGACCGGGCCUCCAGCGCCUCAUGGAGAACACCGACGGAGCGGUUUGGGUCGGCUGAUUACCUGAGAGACUGUUUGGAAACGUGUGUUUUUUUAGAAUUUUAUCUUGAAAUAAUUAUAUAAGGUAGUUUUGGGCUCAGCGUUUGGAUUGUUGAGGGGGCGGGGUUACUUUUAGCGGGAAGAGACGGGAAGAAUUAUCAAAGAUGAUCUUCUGACAUUUCUAACAACAAUAAUAAGUAAAUCAAAUUGAACAUCUCUGUGGUUUUAAAUGAGCUGCGGGGGUCAGCGGUUUCAUCUUAACAACAUAUUUAACUAGUUGGUCUGAACGUGUGCAGGAUGUUUAUCAUUCCACCAAAUGAGAGAUGAGUUGUUAGGAAACCAAAAUAAAUAAAAUCCAGGCCGCUGCUCCUGAAGGUCAUUCGAACACUGGUUGGAAAACACUCUGAGCUUUAACUAAAACCAUCGUUACCUUCGCUGAUACAAAAACAUUUCAAAACAUCUCUGUCCUCUCUGAAGCACCAGAGCAGGAACCAGUCAGAAUCAUUAUUGUUCUUCUUUUUACUUUAUAGAAAGAAGAUUUCGCCAAAUUACAGUCCAGAUGCAGUUUGACUCGUAGCAGUCGUUCUCAUCCAUAAAUCCUCUUAGAAAUCAUAUCGAUUGAAUGAAAUCUAUAUUUCAAACAAAACAGAAGAAAACAGGCAAUUCUAAUGACAUGUCAGUAAAGGAGUGUGAGGAAGUCCAGCCGCUCUCCUUAACAAAAUAUUCAUCUAAGAGACAGUUCAGAAGUUUUAGUUUUCUUCAGUAUCACAGCGAUCUCGUGGAAGUCGUCUGGACAUCAGUGAGAACGCUGCAAACAGAUAAUUCGGAAUAACUAACUGAACGGAACAGAAGAACUCCUUGCACUUCCUGUUUUCACCCCUCAGAGCAUUAUGGGAACUGUAGUUCCCACACUUGCACGAUUUUCCCCAAACAGAAGACGAACAACAACAGUAUUUUAGACAAAAGCCAGUAACUCCCUUGUGUUUCAGUGUUGUUUAUGACAUCACUGAGUGUCAGAGUGGCAGGUGAGCACAGUGUCAGGUGCUCCAUAAAACACAAAUCUCUUUUAAAACCGGUGCAGUUUCUCACAAGGUUUGGAUGAACCAAACAGUUUUGGAAUGAAUUUGCAUCAGCGUGCAGUCGGUCUGAGAGGACGGGCGGGUCGGACAGGAAGCAGCUUUGGUGGAGUCACAAACUGAUGUAAAUAGAAAUCAGGAAGUUGAACAAGUAGUUAUUGAUACUGAGCGUUUACAUGAACGUUAACAUGAUCUUCACUGUCGGCUUUCGUCACUGUAACUUACUCAAGUUGAAAAAUAUCUUUAUUAUCAUUAUCUCUUCAUCGUGUGUGAUUCCUGACACAGUUCAAACAGGAUCAAUACAUUAUUCGUCUCUCUCCGUUCACGACCAGACUGAUGUCUGCUGGAACGAGGUCCCAUCAGGUCCACGUGACUUCUGCUCUGUUUUUAAUUGUCUAUGACCUGCAAUUUCUUUGUUCCCGCCCAAAUAAUAAAUUAACAUCACCUCUUUUGAUCCCCUGAAGAAAUUAUAAGCUUCAAAACCUGCUUUGCAAAUGUUUUAUGAGGAAGAAAAUGCUUUUGUUGUGGUCGAGGAACCCUGAAUGUGAACAGAACGUUAGCUGCUGCGCUAACACCAUUCUGUUCUUGUAUGUAUCAAAGUCUGUCAGCUGUUCACAUGAAAAGUCGGCUCCAGUUUGUCACGAUGACUAAAUUUCAGUGACUUGUAAGUAAAAAAAAAAAAAAAAAGUGACUAUUUUUGUUGAUUGUUUUUAAAUUGACUGUAUUUUUUAUUUAAAUGUGACAAUACAUUUAAACAUGUUUCAUUCAGCA